GUUUAAUGUAUACUGGCCGAGCUAGGCGGGUUGUUCUAAGUCUUCGUCCCCUGCGCUCAUAGUGCUGGAUUUUCGUGUUGAGCUUUGCGGGUUGAAAUAGCUUGCUAUACUAUAAGGUGUCCUUUUGUUUUCAAAGUGUUGAGGUUUACCAUCCUCUCACUGGUAUUUUUAAUUAUGCCUCUUAUCAGUACGAAGCUACAUGUGUUGAACCCGGUAUGGAGAAAAAAGAAACCUCGUGAUAAUGAGCAACACGAAGAACCUGAUCCCAAACCAGCAUUUAUCGUCCCAGAAACACAAGAAAUUUGUACAUCUGCCGAGGAACUGCAGCGCAAAAUUACUAUAUAUAAUGAAAAUAUAUGGACUUGUCGUGUAACUGGGAAACCUAAUUUGACUUAUCGAGAAGCACUGAAAACUGAAGCAACUGCUAUUCGAACACUAAAAAAGUGUUUUCCUAAGUUUUUUGAAAAAACUAUCCUUGAACGCGUUCAUCUAAGUACUCUACCCCUGGAAUCCUUAGUACACAGCUGCUGGACCACCAUACAUGAACAAUUUCAUAUUGCGGAACCCGUAAAACUUAAAGUUGAUUCUGUUUCUAAUGCACCAAUACGUGGAAUAAUUGAUGAUAUAAUAAAAUCUCAAACUGUACCGACACCUGUUCCAGAUAACACUUCACCGAAUAAUAGUGACAAAGAAAAUGUGACUAAAAAGAAUUCUCCUAUCAAGAAAAAGUACGCUUACAAUGUUAAAGUCCUUUCGGAUAUCCCUGUUGUUGUACAUGAUGUUCCAGCCUGUUCCAUUGACCGUAUCAAUCGAGCACCUUCCAAAGACCAUAUCAAAAUGUUUAUUCGAAGUCAUGCUAUGCGUUAUGGACCAAAUUUUACAGGUCCAUGGAUUGUUAACGAAGAGCUUUUACGACGUCAUAAAAUACCUUUAAAAAGCCCGGGAUGUCAAGUUGAUAAGGUUAAGUUAAAACAAAUGUCCAAAGCCCUGGAGGAAGAAUACUUUGCACGCGUUAUGAACUCACGACGUCAGUCCAACGGAGAGGGUACGUCAGAUGAUGUUACCUCGAGCACACCACUUAAUUUUAAACGUAUCAAACGCUUUUCUGUUCUACGUGAAGACAACACUUCCAAGAUGCUUGAAGAAAAUGAAGAUAAUUUACCGCUAGCUCAGCUAAAAGAUCGUUCUCAACCUAAACAAUCAUUGGAGGAUAGUGGUAAGAAGAAAAUGAAACAGUCCACCUUAUUUCAAUUUGGUAAGAAAACUCCUACGAAAGAUGAAAUAUCAGACAAAUCAACAAUCAAUCGUCCUAAAAAGAAUACUAAUGAAAGAAGUGCAUUACCACGAGUUGCUCAACAUCUCAUCAAAAUGUUUGGAGAAAAUCGUAAUAAUCCAGCCAUAGAAACUCAGAUAAGACUUUGUGCAAAAUUCAUAAGUGACAUAGAUAUUCUUAAGUUGCCUGUUGAAUUACGUGAUCCUGUGCGAUCAAAGAAAGAAGCGUUUGCGUUCAAAAAAAAGUUACUGGCUAUGUCACCGACUCAACGAAAGGAAGCACUCCAAGAAAUGAGAGAAAAGCAGAAAAUUGAACGUACUCAAGCUAAUAAAUUGCUUGACGAUCAACAUCUUAUGACUUCUUUGCCUCAGUGCCCUCGUUUACCUGAACCUUCCAAACUUGAACUUCCUCCUAGUUUCAAUGAAUCUUUGUUUGGACGCCUGUUAGGAUUAACAGAAUUUUUCCAUAUCUUCCAUAGCUUACUUGUUGAAGGAUCUGUUGAUGAUACCGAGGUAGAGAAUCCAUCUGAAAAUAAUGUUCUGUCUGGCUUUUGUCGCUUUCCAGUCGAAUCUCCUGUAGCCGGAGUUGGUGAACCGGGUUAUUCUGAUGAUGAUGACAGUGGUAAUACUGAUGAAGAAGAGGAAGAAGCUGGAUUGACUGAAUCAAAUGCUCCACUUCCGAAAAUAUGUAUAAAGUCAUUACGUCGUCUAGGAUUGAAACGCUUACUUAACGCUAUCACUACAAAUAAUCCAUCAGCCGGUGCCUAUCGAUCACUAGCACGUCCUUUAAGUGUUCUAUUACGCUUAGUCUUAAGAGAUGAACAAAUAGGGAAAAAACGUGAGUUGGGCUUGAAACUGUCUAAAUUCCCAGUUACACCGUAUACAGCUCCUGAACUCCUUAGAUUAACUCUUUUAAACGAAAUUCCAUCAAAUCAUGCUAGAACAACCGUAUUGGAACAAUUACAAAAUCAUGCUGUUCCAGUCGCCGAUCCUAAUAAUUCUUCUUUGACACAACUUAUACACCAGUUAUCAAACUCUGAUCUACAUGAACUAUUCCCAGAAAUACGUGUAAUAGCUUUGGAAUGGGCAGUGGAUAAAAUCUUCGAUCUUGAUCUUAUAGAUGAUCAUAUUAUGGCAUGCCAACGUCGUGCAGCUGAUGCUUGGCAAAGGAAAAUUCAAGUAUUACGUGAUAAAAACUUACGAAAAAAAGAUAAAAAAGAUAAUGCAAAUGAAGCUAAUAAAACCACUAAUAAUAAUAAUCUUAGCAAUAAUAUAUCUGCCAAUCAACUUGAUGAGUCAAAGUCUAAAACAGACACUCCUACCACUACUGCGGAGGAUAUCACUGAAAAUGAAAAUGACUUGGCAUCAAUUGUAAAACGCAGACGAAUUCUAGCUGCACGAGCAGUAAUAGAAAGAGAAGAAAAAGAAAAUCUAGAACGUCAACGCCGUCUGGAAAUGGCUCAAGAACAUGCUGAAGAACGUGCUAUCAAUACAGUUAGUCGGCUUUAUGAUAUUCGGUCCACAGAAGCAAAAUGUGUUCUGCGAAACAACCCUAUCGGUUAUGAUAGAUAUUAUCGUCGUGUUUGGUACUUCCGUUGUUCUCCGGAUCGUUUGUUUUUAGAAGCUAAUUGGGCUUCCUCAGAAAAUGAAUCUGUCCCAAUUACCACUUUGAGUGAAGAAACAAUACCACAACCUGCUCAUACUUUUGUAAAAAAUGACACAUUGAACGGUAACACUAUUUCAAGUUCCUGGAGUAAUUGGUAUUUUUACGAUCGUCCUGAACAGUUAGACGAAUUGUUGAAUUCAUUGCUAACUCGUGGUGUUCGAGAAAGUCAUUUAAAAAGUCAGUUGUUGGCAGAUGGGUUUCUGGAAUCACUUAAAAAAAGAUGGAAAAGUGGUCUCUCAAAUGGAUUGGUACCUAAGGCUGACACAACAAAUGGUACUCCUGGGAAUAUAGAAAAACGUCCAUCUCACCAUAAACGCAAUCUUCCUGCUGGAGCCGCUUUGGCAGGAGCAUUGUUAAAAAAUAUUUUAGAUACUGAGGUUCGUCUAAGAUCCGGUGGUCUCGGUGGUGUACCAGAUUUUACAAAAUGGCAAGAGCGUUUAGCACAAGUACAAACAUCCUAUGAAAGCCAACAAGAAACUCCUAAUGUAAAUUUGUCUUCAAAACCAAACCUGUUAUCUUCACCCAGUCUAUGUGAAUUACCAAAUAAAGCAGGACUUGUUAAUGCUCUUAUUGAAGUAGCUGAAAAUAUAAUACCUCGCUUUUUAAACGUUCCUGAUCUUUGCACUAAGUCAAAUUUCAACUCCAAUCAAAAUGAAACAAAUGAUUGUCAUAAUAUAAAAAACUCUUUUCCAGAUCAUGCACCAUUUACUAGGUUUUCAUCUGGAGAAGACUCAGACGCAUCUGAAAGUAACGAUCGUUCACAGGAACUGGAGAAAGCUGUUUUGGACCCUGAAGCUCAUGAACUACGAACUCGUGCUUGGAUAACAGCUUGGCGUACUGAAGUUCAAAACGCUCGUACACUGACCCGAUUAAAUCUUUUACAUGCAUGUCUGGAUGCAUGUGUUCGCUGGGAAAAGUCGGUGGAAGAUGCGCGCUGUCGUAUUUGUCGUCGGAAAACAGAUGAUGAUAAUUUACUACUUUGUGACGGUUGUAAUCUUGCUUUCCAUCUCUACUGUUUACGUCCACCAUUAAAACGUGUACCAACAGGUGAUUGGUUCUGCCCUACUUGUGGACCAGCUUCCCGUGCCCUUGAAAAGCGUAAGCGUGAAGAACGUUUAGCUCGGUCUGCAAGACGACGAAAACGCGCUUUGUCAUCUGAUGAUGAAGAACGAUUAGAUUCCGAUAACAAUGAAGAAAGUAGUGGUGAAAGUGAAGUUGCUCAAAAAAUAAAACGUCGAAAUCCCCGUUCGUCUCGAUCCAAAGGCGGUAAUGACUCUGGUGUGUUCAAUAGAAAACGUUCAGUUAGUCCAGCCAAUCGUAAUUCAGCUUCAUCUAGAAAUAUCAGGCACGAUACAUCCUGUCUUGUUUGUUCAGAUUCAACUGGUGAUUUAGUUCUAUGUUCCAACUGUCCCAGUAUAUUCCAUCUUGACUGUCAUGAUCCCCCAUUGCACCAUAUUCCACGUGGAUAUGGUUGGCAGUGUUCUAUUUGCCGAUCGAAUAAAAAACGUUCUACCAUUACUUCUUAUUUUCAAAGCAGAGAAUAUCGUCGGAAAACUUAUCAAGCAAUUUUCAAGAAACGAGCUGUCAGUCCAGAUGAACGUAGUGAAGAUGAAUUUUUAAAUAGUACAUCUUUUACUCGUUCAACUCGAAAUCGCAAUGGAUCUCGAAGGAAUGUCGCAAUAUCUGACACUGAUGAUGAGCAACAAUCGAGUGAAGCAUCUUCAGAUGUAGAUAUCCGUUCUAAUAAUCAACGUCCAAUUUCCCGUCGACGUAGUGCUUCACGAUCAGCGUCUGCUCUUAGUUCACAACUAAAUAAAUAUCCAAAACGCAGACGACGACACCUGUCUGAUCAGGAGGAUACUUCAGAAACGGAACAAAUGGACGAAAAAUCUCAAUCUUUAUGUUCACACAUUCUUGACGCUGUGUAUAAGCACAAACACUCAUGGCCAUUCAGAAAACCUGUUGAUAGAAGCCAGGUAGCGUUUUAAAUUAUUGCUUGAAUGUUUUGCUUUCAUUAUAGACAUUCUUUUUGGCCAUUUCAAUUCCAUCCAUUCUUUGGUCAUCAGAGAUUUUUAAUUUAGUAUAAAAUGCAUUUACGUUACAAAAGUUCACGAGCUCCUGUUAUCAUAUGCGUUUCCAAUUGAUUUUUUCUGUCAGUUAAAGCCACAAUAAUAUUUCAUUUCAAUAAUACUAUUCUGAAUAUGUUAUGGCAAAUUUUGUUGUGGAAUGAGGUAUGUGUACUACCUUUUCAUUCCACUGAUUCUUUUUCAAAUGUUUUAUAAAACGUUGGUCUUCAUAUUACUCCUUAGAAAGAUUGUUUAGUGAAUAAAGAAACAACAUUGUUGUGUUUUAUGGUCUGAUUUUUUUCACUAUCACGCACAUGAUACUUGAAGAACUAGGUAUGGGAAGAUAGGAGAUAUGGAUUGGGUCCGAUGCUUCACUGUCAAAGUCGAGUAAGUAUAUGCCGAACUCGUGCCUAUUUUUAUAGGGUCCCGUAAUAACCUAGUCGACGAUAUACAAAGGCCUGGUUUAAUAAUUCACUUACUAAAGCUUCUUCACAUAUUUCUCACCGUGUACUUUUAAGAUAACUGUAUAUAAUAGUACUCACAGCUUCUUUCGUCCUAUGAAUUUUAUUUGUAUCUUCAAUGAUUUUCGUUAGUUUUCAUCAUUCAUGUCGUUUGAAUUUAUUAUCAACUGAAUUCAUUAUUCCCAAUUGAUGGUUUCUCAAAAUAUUCGUAUUAGGUUCCCGAUUAUUAUGAAAUUAUCACCGAUCCUAUCGAUUUGUCCAUGAUGCGUGAUUGGCUCUCUAAAGGACGGUAUAACACGGAAACUACCAGCGCAGGACUGAAGAAACUAGUACAUGAUUUGGGUACUAUGUUUUAUAACGCCGAAUUGUAUAAUGCUGCUGACUCAGACAUUUGGUUAGCUGGAGAGCAGUUAGAAAACUUUGUGAAGAAUCAGUUCGCUUAUAUAAAUACAGAUGUUAUCUACUCUAGACCAGCACUUGGUGAUACAUAAAUAUUAAUAAUCGUAUAUGGUUAAUUACGUUUAAUACUUUUGUGGAAAUAUCUGUUUCUGAAUAUUCUGUGUACGCAUAAAGCAAUGAUCUAAGUCAAGUUUGAUAUGUGUUUCUACUAUCUUCUAUUAAACUAAUUUACAAUGAUUCAAUUUAAACAACACAUAAAAUCUUCUUAUUCAUUUAUUAUUAUUAUUUUGACUAUCUGCUUAUUCUCUAUUGUCUUUUUUUUUACUUUGUCAGUGGAUAUAUAAGUGUAUGCAUUUAAAAUUUAGAAAGAGAAAUAUAUCUAUCUAUCUAUUUUCUAGUGUUUUUGUGUCAAACAUUUUUUUAUUAUUAAAAAAAGGCUGUAUUCGAAUUAAUAACAUUGAGUGAAACAGUUUUGAAUAUUUUUCUCUGGUAUGUUUUCCUCCAACUUUUUCGACUUCUAUUCUUUGAAUAUAUCAUCGAGUUACUUGCUCAAAUUUUUCAAUGUGUGCUUCCUUUGUGUAUAUGACCGAGAAUUGUUUAAUUACUUCAUUUCUCCGUAUAUUUCAAACAUUAUUACACUAUUUCUUUUCUCUUAUUCUCCCCUUUGUUGUUCACGGUCUUCAUGAUAUAUAUGUGCAGGUUUGUACAGCCUUAUUAUACUCUCUCUCUCUCUCUCUCUCUCUCUCUCUCUCUCUCU